GAGGAGGCGACGGGGGUCAUAGAGCGAGAGGGGGAGAAGGGAGCAGUGUUUCCCUCCCGCCACUGUUCGCUGGAGUAGGGGCGCCAAAGACAUGCUCAGCCGCCGCUGCUUCAUCUCCUCGCCACCAUCUCCAGUUUCUCCGCCUUGGCUUCCGAAUGUCGCUGCCAUCUCCCUCUCCUCCCCCAUUCCUCCUAUUCUUCCCUCUUUCUCGUCGUCCGGAGCCGCUCUCCGGACAUCCCUGUCCUUCCCGCGGUCACCAUCUCUCAGAACCAGCCGCCGGUUGCGCGGCUUCUCGGUUAAGGCAUCGCGCGGUUCUUCCUUCUCGCGGACUCGUUUGGACUACUAUGCGACGCUCAACGUCGACAGAGACGCCUCCCUGCAGGAAAUCAAGACCGCCUACAGAAAGCUUGCUCGUCAGUACCAUCCAGAUAUGAACAAAAGCCCUGGAGCAGAGGAAAAGUUCAAAGAAAUCAGUGCUGCAUAUGAGGUGCUAUCAGAUGCUGAAAAACGAUCCCUAUAUGACCGCUUUGGUGAGGCAGGAAUAAAGGGUGAUUACCAAGAAUCAGGUGUUGGCUCACAAGGGAUAGAUCCUUUUGAAGUCUUUGAUUCCCUUUUUGGUGAAUCAAAUGGAUUUUUUGGAAGCCAGGCUGGUCCAAGUGGUGUGUUUAACACAAGAAGUAAUUGGUAUCAAGGUGCUCAUAUUCGAUAUGAUUUAACCUUGAGCUUUGAAGAAUCUAUAUUUGGAGGGCAACGAAAAAUAGAUGUUACACGCGUGGAAAUAUGUGAAGAUUGUAAAGGGAAGGGGACAACAUCUCACAGUGGAGUGGUAACUUGUAAAGAUUGUGGGGGUAGGGGAGGCACAAUUAAAACUCAGAGGACACCAUUUGGAAUGGUUUCCCAGGUUUCUAGCUGUUCAAAAUGUGGAGGUGCUGGUAAAGUUUUAAAAGAUCCAUGUAAAAUGUGUGGUGGUGAAAGCACAGUGCGCUCAAAACGAAUUGUCAAUGUUGAUAUCCCUCCUGGUGUUAGUGAUGGACUUACCCUGAAAGUCCGAGGAGAAGGAAAUGUGGAUACAAGAAGGGGAAUAGCUGGUGAUAUCUAUAUACUUCUUCAUGUUAAGGAAAAGGCUGGAGUUCAAAGGAAUGGGCUUGACCUCUACUCAGAUAUAAGCAUCAACUAUACUGAGGCAAUACUUGGUACUGUUGUAAAGGUGGAAACUGUUGAAGGUUCUAGGGAUCUUCAAAUUCCACCAGGAACACAGCCUGGUGAGACAAUAAAGGUUCCUUCUGUUGGUGUUCCAGACAUCAAGAAUCCCUCUAUCCGUGGUGAUCACCACUUUGUAGUGAAUGUUCGGAUUCCAAAGAAUAUCAGUGGUUUAGAGCUUGAUCUUGUGCAACAAUUGGCUUCACUUACAUCAUCUUGUACAUAUGGUAAAGAUGGAUAUAAGCGAGCUACACGAAGACCCACGGGCAUGGAAAACUUUAGACGGAUAAAUUCUAUGUGGCAUUCCUUCAUGACAUUUCUCAGGUCUUGUAGAUAAGUGGAGGCACAAGCAGCUAUUUUACCUUAAACUAAUUGGGCUUGGGUGGAGGAUGUUCGACUUGGCUUUGCUCAUGUGGAGUGGCGCUGUGUGUGCACAUGCUUUUGCGAAGAAGAAAUGUGCACAUAAGGUUGUGCAUUGCCUAGGAUCUCCUAGUUACUUUUUCUUUUGGAAAGUAUCACCCUACUACCUCCUAUUCACUGGCUUAUUGAACAUGCAGUCGUUUGCAUAGUUUUAUGCUGCAAGCAACUUAGCUUUUAGAUUCACAAUAUGUUCAAUGCUUUUGGGCAAACAGUCAAAGUCUCCUUGGUCAUCACAUACAUUUGUAAUGCAGUGCACUUGUGAGCCUGAUUACCCACAACAUGUUUUCAUCUGUCAUUUUUCUGGCAAUAGAUUCACCAUAUUUAUUGAAACAAGCACCUUGGAUGCAAAUACAACGUUAUUGCAAAUGAAGAAGCAGAGUGGGACGAAGUUUGCAUCAUUGAGUGUGCAUGCGUCUGGGACUCUUGUACAUCAUCCCCUCAAAAUCUACCGAUAUAACCCUAUUUCUAUCAUUUUUAUUAUAACAUGUAUUAGUUUGUCAAUGUUAAGGAGUCUUUCCUGUAGAAUACGGCGAUGGAAUCCUUUCAGUCCUAAAUUGAGAACAAAAAUACCACUCAUUCAGUUUUUGCCAA